AUGGAUUCGAGUAUAGAUCCCGAAGUGUCAAACUACCAAAUUGAAGAUGGCACGAGGUUUUUAGAUGAAGAAAAAGUUGGCGAAGCAGAAGUAGUCCCAUCCAAAGCCAACAACACCAUAGAAACUUUUUCACAAGAAAGAGAUGACCUAGCUCCUACAUCCUCCAGUAAUGCAGAAGCGGCUUUGAAAUUAUUGAAUGAUAUGCGACAAUGUGACACGCAAGAAGGUUUGAAUACAUCUUCCCCACCCCCAAUUGAUUCCAUAGACAGAGUACAAAAUUCAGAAGAAGAAAUGCUUGGAAUGAAACUUGUUCAAUACAAUCCAGAUGGGAAACAGCUACGUCUUGGACGUCCACGUAAGCACAUAUUAAAACCUCCAUCUCCUCUUGCAACAUCGUCGAGCAAAAACUAUAACGAGUCUGUAAUGUCAAAGUUUCGACUUGAUAUGCAACCUGUUGAAGGGCCUGGUUCCAGAGGUGGGAAAAAUUUGAGAAAAGAAACACGUGGCAAGAUUACACUGGAUGCAAUCAAGAAACGUCAGCAAUCGGUUCUCAACUUUUCUGUCAUAAAGUCAGCCUCCCCCAAUAAAGAUUCUGUACCAGAGCAAGGUCGAGUCGAGGCUGAUGAGAGUAAUAAUAAAGGAUCUGUCAAAUUAAUGGUAAAUGUACCAAAACAGACUGGUACAUUUUCGUCGCUUUCUGAGAUGAAGAGAUUAGCCCCCAGUAAAAAACCUGUCAUUAAUCCGAACCGCAAUGCUAUUGUAAAGCGUAACUCCAAGGUAUUGCCAUCACCAUUGAUUCCAAUAAGUUAUGAAGAAGAGUUGAUGGAUCAUCAUGACUCUAGCCGCUUGGAUGAUUUCUACGAAUUAGCAUUGGGGUAUCCCAUACGUAAAGCACCAUAUGCAACUGAUAUCGUGUAUCUAAUUGCGUUUUUAUCCAAGUUUAGAGAGAUUUUACCUGUUAAAAAUUUGGGACCUAAGAGUUUUGAAACCGGGUUGAGCUUACCUGUUCCCAAGGAACAGUUUGAGGGUUCAGAAUAUACACUGAAAGAAGAAGCCUUACGGGAGCAAGAAGAACAGGAUGACACACAUGUAUCAGUUGAAAUGGAAGAGUUGUUCAAGAAACUUCUCACAUUGGUCUUGAAUAGGAAGAAAGAAGUGACGUCGACGACAAGUGCAAUUCUGGAACUUAAACCCCAAAGUGCUAAAUUGGGACUACCGAAAGAAUGGAAAAUGUUCAGUCCAGUCGAACUGGAUGUGUAUGAAGCCGGUGAACCAGUAGAUGCAGCGAAACCAGACAUAUUAAUUACUGAAUUCCCGAAAGAAGCUGAUUUUGUAACGACAUUUAACCCUUUCUACACUAGUGAAUUUGAAUCAAAGGGAUUGGGUGGUUUGGAAAAUCCCUUGGACAGGCUACUCAUACUCAAGACGUUAGCCCAGUGGUCUUUAUCUACUUCCGAUAUCAUAAAGAACUACGUUUCCCAAAACGUUCAGAAUCAAGAAUUACCAGGAGAAAAGCAUACAUACUAUGCGUCGAGGGCACUUUUGUAUGGAUUUGCUAAUUGUCAACAAGCAAAGACAAGAGCAGAGUCGAGAUUAGCAAAGAUGAAAUCAACCGAGGAGGAUUUGAAGUAUGUAGAUCCUUCAUCUGACCCAACGUUGCAUUCAAUGAAUCUUCGGUUGGUUGACCAAGUUGUAGGAGAUUUGGGUUUUUAUGUUGGUAGGUUUUACCUUUGUCGUAUGGCUGAUGGGGACAAUGGGGGACUUUCAUCAGUAAAGAAAAUGAAUACUGUGUUCAAGGGACAGGAUGUUGGAUUGGGUGCAGUAUUACCUUCAGAUUUUAAGCUUUAUGUUCAAAAUACCAACCUGAUCCUAGUUGGCGCGUUAGAAACUGAAGGUGUUGAAUUUGACGAAGAUGGAAAUGAGGUAGAGAAUUCAACAAAUCGAAUUUUUGAUGACUCUGAAGCUUGGUACGAAGUUGCCUCAAAUGCAGCGGAAUUGAAGAGUUUUAUUGAAUUUUUGAAUACUCAAUUGCAAGACACUGAAAGAUUUCGCCCUUCUUGGGAUUUACAGCAUUCAAUCGUGCAUUUGCGUGAUUAUCUUUCAAACUUGUACCCAUUAAUUAAAAAUCAGGAAAACUUGGAGAGUACACCUAGGCAAAAAAGGAUGAAAACAGUGGACUACAGUGAUAAACGUGCAGCAGCAAAAUACGAUGAUGCGUUUGGUGAAGUAGUUGAUGAGACAAUAGGUGAUAACGCUAACGACGAUGAUAAUUAUAUAGACGAUGAUGAUAUGCCCGAUGCCAAUGAUUCAGAGGACGAUGAAGAAUAUAUUGAUUGA